AUCAAUUCUUCGUGAGAUUCGUGUGAGCGCAUAUAUACAUACAGGGUGAACAAUCCAUUGUUAGAUCACUGUUUGACCACAAGAAAACAUGAUCUAAUAGGCAAAGAUUAAAAUAGGGAAACACUAUUAGUUUUCCUGAUCAAGGCCUUUAAUCCUUGGAUCGUUGGGGAUCAACAAGAUCUGUUCUUCAUCCUCUGCAAUGAUGUUCUGCUCUUCUCUUGUCCGGCCAAAUCGCUCGAUAGGAGAGCAAAGUGCAUGAUAACGUGUUCUGAGUGAAAAGUAAAGAACGAGAGAGUUUAAUGAAAGAUGAUCCAUCAGUCUUUAUUGAUGAUAGAAGUGGGGUAUUUAUACCCAGGCGAAAGUACACAUGGUGCUUGGCGGUCAAGUAAAAACAUAGUUACUUGAGAGCCAAGGAAUUACAUAGUUGCCUUGAGAACCAAGGAAGUACAUGGUUGCUUGAGAACCAAGCAACCUAUCUAACAAUUAACUUAAUCCUAAUUAGCUUAAUUAAUAAGCAACUAUUCUAUUCUUAACACCCUCCAUGAGACGCCCAGCCCGAACGAUUACCGAGCAUGACGUGUCAUUAGCUCUGUGCCACCGCGCUAAGAUAUCUGACGGCAGAAAAUACGUCAUGACGUAAUUGCUUCGUGCCACAUGCAUAUAACACUUAUCAUUUAGGUUAUUUUAUUACAUUGAUGAUUGAUCCACAAGCAAAUCUUGAUGAGCUGUACUGUAUUUGGCUUCCAAACACGACCUUAUCCGUAACGGGGGAGUCCACGGGCACCACGACGCCGUGCGCUUCGCUGGCGGUCCGGGCGGUAUAUAAAUCGUCGGAUUACUACCCGGGUACGGAAUCGUCUCUGUCCCAAGAGGAAUCGGAUGCGACUCCGCAUCUCGACCUAAAACCGCGGCUCGCCGUCGAUCGAGGUGGGCCAGGUGCAGGCGGGCGGCCGGCCGGCCGUACGUGCAAAUCAUGGAUGGGAAACUACGUUUUUCCGCUGAACCUGCCUCCGGGCUACCACUUCGCCCCGUCGGGAGACGAGCUCAUCGUCCACUACCUUCGCCGGAAGCUGGACGGCCUCCCGCCGCACCUGCCCAUCUUCAACGACGUGACGCCCAUCAUCGACUACCGCCCGGAGCAGAUCACAGAUGAGUUCAGAGACUUCGGGGAGGGGGCUCGGUGGUACUUCUUCACCAAGCGGACCCGCAAGUACGCGACGGGCAGCCGGCCGGACCGGACCACGCCGGGCAAUGGCUUCUGGAAGGCCACGGGCCCCGUGAGGGAAAUCCCCAUCUGCCCCGGCGGCAAGCUGGUCGGGCGCGCGAGGACGCUGGUGUUCUACACCGGGCCGGAGAAGCCGACCCACUGGACCAUGUACGAGUACGAGAACCGCACGUCCGAGGCAGAGGCCAAUGACAAGAACGUCGACAAGCUUGGUGAGUGGGUCUUGUGCACGAUACAGAAGAGUCAGCGCUGCGACCAGAAGAAAGAGGCAGGCGGCAAGGCUAAAAGCAAGGCAGGCGGCAAGAAAAGGAAGGGCAAGGCACGGAACGGCGCCGAUCUAGUCCAGAUUCAGAGCGCCGAGGUGCCGGAGAUUGCGUGGCCGGAGAAAGUUGAUGAGGCGUACGUGUUCGACGACCUGGAGCAGACAGGUUGCCCCAAGAAGAGACCACAGAUUGAGCAGCAUGAACCGCCGCGCUCAGAGACAAUGAUGGUAGACGACUAUGACUACAAUGGUAUCCAAUACAUCUGGGAUGAUGAGUACAUGCCGCCGCCGCCGCUGCCGCUGCCGCUGGAGUAUGAGGUGGCGCCUCAUGUUGCAGGAGUAGGAUACAGCUACAACAACAUGAUGUAUCAGCCGGCUAACAGCUACCUACAUGCUGCGCAUUACGCGGUGGAGCAGGAUGGGUACGCCGGCGGACAUCUCGGCAGCCUCUUGGGCACGGGCAACAUUCCAUGUGCUUACCGGCCGCAACAUUCUUGCGCCGCUGGAAUCACCAACUUGCCAUGGAGCAGGGGGGCGACGACGAGCGGGCAGGUAGAGCCGUGAGACCAGGGGUCUCUGGUUCACUUCGGUGCGGUUCGGGGAGCCUACAGAAUAGAUUUGCCGGAUGAGUAGGGGAUUUAUAGGACUUGCAGAGAGCGCUCACUAGGGGUGUGUUCGUCGUCAACUCGUCAUUAGGGUAUAUGUAGUAGUCCCUCCGUAAACACUCUUAUAUCAGUUUAUAGAGGAAGUAAUAGACUAAUAGUACGCUUUAGGA